UCUCAUUCCAACUCACCUAGCCUUAUCAUAUCCAUUCGCCAUCCGAACAGAAAGCAGGGUGAUAAUAUCUAUUUUUAGGCCUCACCUAUGGUACUCCAAAUCACCCUCACUUAAACUGCCAGACGGCGCCAGUACACGGCCUCAGCCUUGCAGAUUUUUUUUGUCGCCACAAGCAAAACUCGGAGGGGCCUUGAGGCAUGGUGGGGGCUGUUGAAAAAAUUUCAAAAAAAUAUAUGUGGCCUCUGAAUCCACGCUGCCACCCGCGGGCCUAUGUAUGGUGUAUUGGUGCUUUUUCGUUUAGCCUUGUGCAGUUCCGUUCGGCCUUGGCCUUGGCCAGGGCCUUUUGGUCUCGUCACAAUCGGCUAUAGCCUCAUCUAUAGUCGAAACCCCCCAAUAGAAGACAUGGUCAUUAUAGCUGUAGUUUGGCCUCAUCUAGCAUGAUCCAUUCUCCAUUUAUAGGAGAGAGAUCUAUGCAUAGGCUUAUCCCGUUCCAUCCAGUUUCACUCCGACUCAUCUGGUCUAGACUCGUCUACUGUCUUCCCCCGAAUGGAAGGCAUGGUGGUUACUAAAGCCGUAUCAAGUCCACCUUUCAGACCAGACACAGUUGCGAUAACCAUGCCUUCUAGUGUCUUCUACUAUCUUUUUUCUGAUGUUUUCUACUCUCUUCUACUGCCUCUUUUACUGUCUUCUAGUGACAUCAACCUAGUCUUUCCAUAUAGGGUCUUCUAGUUCUUUUAUGUGGGCUUGGGAUCAUUGGCAAUAAAAGCUUCUGAACAACAUUUCCUUUAGUAGACGAUACUGCAGAGGACAUUUCCGUUACGAAACUGAACGGCAUAGUGGACGAAACGGUAGAAGGGAUUCGGCCACUACAAUUGAACAGCAAACCACAUUUUCGCUAACUGAACUAAAUGGGAAACGACAUUUCCUUCAGUGGACGAAACGGCAGAAGACACAUACUCUCUUUAUUGGGCUAAUUUAACAGCGACGGACAAAAAUUCCGCCAUUGAAAUUUACCGGCAGGCAGACAAGUUCAGACAACCGACAUUUUCCUUCAGACAGCUAUUAUUUCCCUUUACGGAACUACAGAAGACGAUUCCGUCAAUGGACUAAACAGGAGAGAACUUCCGUCAGUGGACUUAACGACAAACGACAAACGGCAGGCGACAUUUCCUUUACUCUGAGGAUAAUUUUUUGCUACUAAACUGCAGGCGGCAUUCCCAUUACUGGAUCAAACUGCACACGACAUUUCCUUUAGUGGACGAAACGGUAGAGGACAUAUUUUCGUUAGUGGACUCAAACGGCAAAUGACAUUCCGUUUACUGGACGAAAGGACAGAGGACAAAUUUCCGUUACUGAACUACAUAGUAGGCGACAUUCCCGUUACGGAGGACAAAACUACACACGAUAUGACAUUGUGUUGUUAGUGGACGAAACGACAGAGGACAAAUUUCCGUUACUGAUCUACACGGCAAGCAACAUUUCCGUUAGUUAGUGGAUGAAAAAGCGUCAGACAUUUAUGUCACUGGAAUAAACGGCGACGUUUCUCAUUCCUCCCUGCAUCUCAGUUAGUUCGUUGCAUCUGGACCAUGAUCUGGUCGCUGCGGCGAAUCUUUCAUUCACGUGUCACUGAUUGGAGUGAUAAUAACGAUCUUUACAACGUUCGCAUACUAAAGACUUGUUCGGCCUUUUCCCACUAACAUCUAGAUGUGUAAUUGGAGUCAGAUACAUCAAAGGGUGGUUGUCAUUGCGGUUAGAUACAUGCAGUGAAAAAAAAGUUCUAGAGUGAGCAGUUUCCGCAGCUUAGUGUUCUCUCUCUCUCUCUCUCUCUCUCUCUCUCUCUCUCUCUCUCGUCGUGUUCAUCAUGGUACAUUGGGCCUUCUUCAACCUUAUCUAACACAUAAAGCUCAGAGUUAUAUAUCAACAUAUCUAUGUAUUAUAAUGUAUAUAUAUGUGUGUGUGUCUAUAUGCAUACAGAUUCGUGGAAACAACCGGACUUAUACGAGUGAGCUUAUGCCCUCGACCUCUCUACUAGUUUGAAGAAACGGCAACCAGUUAGUCAGAAAAUAGCCAGUAGCAUCAUGCACUGCCCAAUAAAAAUUAUGAUAUUGGCCUUCUGCAUGCGCCCCUUGAAUGAGAGAUUGAUGAGUCUGUGGCCAGUGUUUUGUUCAAAGUGCAGAAAGGGAGGGAGGGAGGAGAUAGGUAGGAGGAGGAGGAUGAGAGAAUGGAGGGAGUCAAUGGGUAGCGUUACAGGUUGAGGAGGAGCAGAAGGAGGGAGAGAGUAAAUGGAGAGUCAGUGGGACAAAGUCCCCCAAUGAUUUUGAUGAAUAAACUGCUUCCCGUUGUUAGGAAGCGGGACUCUUUAGACCUUGCACUAUUUAUCGGAUUGUUGCGAAUUAUGAGUUAUGAAUUAUGGACAUUCAAAUCUUAUGUCAUUUGGGCAAAUUAUGAAUUAUACCCGUACUGGGCUAGAGACUAACCCCUAUAGCAAGGAGCAACAAGAAAAGAUGGCCGCCUUAGUCAGAGAGAACAAAGAGACAAAAGAGCGCGAGAAGCAGGCGAAGCUAAAGGCUAUCGCAGAUGAGCAGGCGGCAAAGAUGAAGAGGUUGGAGGAGGAGAUGAAGAGGGUACAACGGGAGGAGGAAGAAAGAAGGAAGGUUGUUGAAGCAGAAGCGGCAGCAGAAGAAGAGAAAGAGAGAAUGAGAAUUGAGAGUGGAGAAGGGAGCAGUGGUGGCACGAUGAAGUGGGAGACAGACACUGAGCUGGAGAAGAAGAUCAGCGAGUGGGUCGCUAAUUUAUCGUUGGGGGAAGACGAGGAGGCGGAGUCCUACGUGACUAAGGAUGAGAAGGCUACGCUGGCCGCUGAGCUAGCAUCCAUGACAGACCCAAUGAAACGAAGAGAGAGGGAAGACGAGCAAAAGUUAGCAUGGAAGUUGAGAAUGRAGAGGGAGAAGAAGAGGAGGAGAGAGGAAGUGAAUAAGAUGACCGCAGCAGUGGCAAGGGUGCAGGAGUGUAGAGCGGAGGUGCUGGCCCAGCCAGAUGAUAAGGCCAAGUGGGACAAGGUGCUGGGCUAUCUAGAGGUGUUGUUGAAGAAAGAGACAACCUGGCAAUGGGACAAAGACUGUACGUCUGCACUCAAGAAGCUAAAGCGCGCGUUAAUAGAGUAUCUUGUCCUCAAAGUUGCGGAUCCGUCUUUGCCAUUUGUCGUCACCACGGACGCAAGUCAGUAUGGGAUAGGCGCCGUGUUGCAGCAAGACGAUGGCAAUGGCUAUAGACCCGUAGAGUUCAUGUCAGUAAGGAUGCCCUGUGAAAAGGUGACAUGGACGGGCACUAGCGAGCAUCCCACGUGGAUCGAGAAUCCGGAGCUGCUGAUCAUACAGGCUUGGAGGACUAACGUGGAAGGAGAUCUUCUUGGCUUUCUCUUUGGAUCAGUACGGCCGGGUCGACGCCACCUGAUUGCGCAGGAGCUCAUUGCACCGAUCGUGCAAUUGACAGACGAUCUCUCGCCCGACAUCUAUUUUCAGAGUGACGACAGUCCUGCUCCGCACAUUUUUGAGCGAUCACUGGACCCGUACCUUCAGUGGACUGCGUGCUUGGAGGAACCUAGGGACGAGGAUACGCUACCAUCGCGGCAGGAGUAUUUGAAGCCAUACGAGAUCAUCCCUCACACCUUCCACCCGAGGGUAGAGGAAGUGGUGAUCGACGACGAUGACGAAGAAGAAGACGACGACGAAGAAACAUCGGAGGAGGGAAGCUAUAGUGAACAUAGCAAGGGUGAGCUGAGUGAGGAGGAAGAGGAAGAAGAAGGAACCGGGUCCGGGUGGGAAGCCUUGCAGGAGGAAGCGACGCGCACGGGAACGGAGGUGGAAGAUCCGAAAGCGGCACGAAAGCGCGAAGAAAUUGCCACCGGGAAGCGCCAGCUGGAGUUCGCCAGCCAAGCUAGCCUGCGCAUCGGUAACGAUCCAACCAGGGAUCUGGAGCCGCCGAAGCCCGAAGAUGGCGACCCUGCAGCCGCCACCUCAAGUACCGCGAUGUUUUCGUCGGGGACCCCUUCGCCUCCAGAGUUUGAUCAUAAAGGGUCACAGAGGAUCUGUCGGGAUGUCCUGCUUUGUGGCCUGUACGAGGUGAAGCUGGUGCACACGGUGCAUUUGUUUCGGGGGCGAGGGGACAGUCCAGUGGAUGUUUGUGAGCCAUUGAAACGGAUGAACCUUCCCUGGUGGAUCGGUCUGGGGGGCCAGGAAAAGAAGGUCCAGGGUAUUGAUUACGGCCUUGUCCCGGCUACACUGCAUUUCGCUCGACAUCAGAAGCCCCUUAUCCGAGGAUUAGUCAGCAAAGUCCUCGGAUCUCUUGCGUUGGUGAUAUCUGGUCGUGAAUCCAUCAUCAAAUCCAAUGGUGUUCCCAUCCUUGCACUGUCCUUGGCAGACCCCAUAGCACAGGUAAAUGAACCUGCAGCUGAAGCUUUUGCAGCGCUCACUCUUUCCAAAGAUGGCAUGUCCAAAAUAUCGCCAUUUAAGGAACUGAUCAUGCCGAUUCUUGUUCGGCAUGUCAGCGGCUGCAAUCAGGAUGUUACCAUGCGAGGGCUGUCCGCUGAGCUUCGGCCGUCGCUUCGUUGGCCAGCCGUUGACGUUCUGCCUCUGCCGCAGCCUGCUGAGCCUCGGCGGCGGCUACGGCGUCUGUAAAUGCCUGUAGCCGCCCACGAUAGUCAGCCCAAGACUCG